GAAUGCCAAGAUAUUUAUGUAAGCAAGAGCGGGUCUCCCGGAGCUUUUGUCGGGCCGAGAAAGCUUUGUUAAAGUUCGUUUUUCUUUUCGUUCUUUUCUCUUUGUUCUUUCCCAACAUAAAAGCUCACCACGCUCAAGAUGUCCUCUCUUCAGAUCCCUUAGUCCAUUUUGAAUCGAUAUCUUGUCAUUUCUCAUGUGUGAGCACUCAAUUGCGAGCCCAAUCAUACCAACGAGUGGAUGAGAAUAUCUGUCUGCUGCCGGCGACUACAUUGAGUCCCUUGCGCUGACAGCAUCAAUUGUCAUUGUCCGUCGCUUAUAUAUAUUCACAUUACUUUCAAUAUGGUCCUUACCAAGGAGAAUGCCUCCGUCGGCAUCAUCGGAAUGGGUGAUAUGGGCAAAAUGUAUGCUCAGCGACUGAGCCAAGCAGGUUGGAGGAUAAAUGCCUGUGACAGACCGGAUAAGUACGAAUCAUUGAAACAAGAAUAUGCAUCAGACCAAGAUAUCUCUAUAUUCCCGAAUGGACACUUGGUCUCGCGGAUCAGCGACUACAUCAUAUACAGCGUAGAGGCCGCUUAUAUUGACAGAAUAGUUGCAGAAUAUGGUCCUUCAACGAAAGUCGGUGCGAUUGUUGGCGGCCAGACGUCCUGCAAAUCUCCGGAACUUGCAGCUUUCGAUAAACAUCUCCCAUCGGACGUAGAGAUUGUCUCAUGUCACUCGUUGCACGGGCCGAAAGUGAAUACAAAGGGCCAGCCGCUGGUUCUUAUCCAACACCGAGCUUCCGACGAGAGCAUGAGAUUCAUCGAGCGAGUGUUUGCUUCAUUCGAGUCUCAAUAUGUCUAUCUCAGUGGCGAGAUGCACGACCGCAUCACAGCCGAUACCCAGGCUGUGACGCACGCCGCAUUCCUGAGCAUGGGCACAGCAUGGUACUCCAAUAAUCAGUUCCCCUGGGAGAUCGAUCGUUGGGUAGGAGGUAUCGAGAACGUCAAGAUCAAUAUCACUCUUCGCAUCUAUGCGAAUAAAUGGCACGUCUACGCCGGCCUCGCCAUUCUCAAUCCUGCCGCUCGAACACAAAUAAGACAAUAUGCGAAGUCGGUCACGGAACUUUACAAAUUGAUGAUUGAGGGGAAAAGAGAGGAAUUGAAGAGAAGGGUCAAAGAGGCUGGCGCAGCGGUCUUUAAGUCAGAUACCGAGGGACAGGAUCUAUUGCUGAGGGAUGAAGUGCUUGAUCGAUUUUCGUUGUCGAAUAAAGAUUCUCGUGAAGAGGCACCUCCAAAUAAUCAUCUCAGUCUGUUGGCUAUUGUGGAUUGUUGGUCUAAGCUGGGUAUUGUCCCGUACGAUCAUAUGAUCUGUUCUACUCCUCUAUUCCGUCUCUGGCUCGGUGUCACCGAAUACCUCUUCCGUAAUGAAAGUCUCCUCGACGAAGUUCUCGACAUAGCCAUCGACGACCAAACAUUCCGUUCCGACGAUUUGGAAUUCACAUUUGCUGCACGAGCAUGGUCAGAUUGUGUCUCAUUCGGCGACUUCGAAUCAUACCGGGACAGGUUCGAGCGUAUCCAGAGCUACUUUGCGCCUCGAUUCCCGGAUGCGGUGAAAUUGGGUAAUGAGAUGAUGAAGACAAUCCUGGAGAAGACAAGUGAUCAUCCUUGAGUUUUUUUUUUAUAGGAAAGAGAUAUUAUUAUGCGUUUAUUGAUAUCAGUGAGACAAGCUUACUAUUACUUUGACUAUUA